GAAUGCAUGGAGCAUCACUUAUCCUCAUCCGUGAAGAAAAUCUUGUGAGAAUUGAGGAGAGCUAGAAGUUACAGAAGAUGGAAUCGAUAAGAAAAUGGAGGGAUUUUUUUGAGGGCGCAGAGGCUGAUAUUUGCAGUGUGAUUGAAUAUGCAAUCCUCAUUGCAGCUUCUGAUUGCCCUCAUGAGUUUACGAAGAGGAGAGACAAGAUUGUGGAGAGGCUUUACACAUCUACAUCCCUCUGUGAACAUCAAUAUAAAAGUAGCUGGAGAGAGGUUUCAGAUGAAGCGAUAAAAUCUGCUGGAAAUGUUGCUACAGCUACAAUAGCAGGAACAUCUAAAAUGCAAGAAGUGCCUGAAACAGAGCAGCCAGACUAUCAAUGCUAUUUGAAAAUGGAUGCCAAUCACUGUAGAAAGCAAAAAAUCGCAGCAGAAAACACCAGAAAUGGGGUGUUAAAAAUGGAUGCUCAAAACCAUAGUGCUGGUCCUAGGAGACCGCAAAUUGUGAGGCAGCAACAUAUGUUCCAUGAAGAGAAUUUGCAUGACAAGUUAGAUUUCAACAAGCCUAGCUUUCUUCCUUCCCAACAUAAAUUGAACUCUCCCCAUGAUAAAUGUGUAAAAGAGAAGAUGAAAGCAGCACAGAGAAGUCUUCAAGAAGGGUACCAACGAGUAGAAAAGGCCAAGAAGCAACGCACAGUUCAAGUUAUUGAAUUGCAAGACCUUCCAUCAUUCAAAUCUAUUAGGCCAAUCAGGAGGCGAACUUAAGACAUACAUCCUUGAUUUUGAGAUUAAGAUUAAAUGUUCUCUUUAAGGACAGAGAGAUCAUGGAUUGAAUUUUGUUCCAAUGUAUUAGCUAUACAUUUUUGCACGCUUAAAGUUAAGGGGAAUGAAAUUCCCUUGCCCCUAAAUUUAUUUUGGCUCUAUCUUGAGUUCAAUAUCUGAGAAAGAUAGUCGAGUUGUACUUGUGACAGUCAUGGAAUCUUAAUCUAAUUCAAUUUGAAUGUCUAGAAAAUUUCUGAGGGUUUUGAAACCUGCAUUGAGUCUGAGGUAGAAGAUGUUUUGAAGGAGAGUUGCCCCAAUUCAAUGUGAGAUUCUUGAAUAAUAUGAAGUUGAAUCUUUAUAUUUAUGCUGUCUAUGCCAAUGCCCAUCUGAAAUUGACCAGUACUAGUCCUAAUGCUGGAAUAAAAUAUUAUUGGAUGCCUGUAACGCUCAUACAUCUCAGGUGUACUUCAAUUUGCAAGGUAGGAGUGGUGAAUGGAAUCUUAAUCUAAUUCAAUUUGAU